AAACUAGUUACCAGACUACACGCGUCCAGGAAACCCAAAAUGGCGGACGACAAAGAUUUUUACGCGAAGUAUUUAUUCGUUCUUCGCUCGUUAAAAAGAACUUGAGAGUAUGUGACAAAGUUUGGUAAAAGGAAAGCCAAGAUGUUCAUAAAACCUUUCAGAGUGAAGACGAGUACGGCCAUCCGUGGUUCAGACAGGAGGAAGCUUCGCUCAGAAAUUGGCCGCUGCUUCCCGGCACUGCCAGCAGAGCUACUGUCCGAGAUAGUGCCAAAUAAGGAAGAUAUGACGGUGUCACGUAUCGUCACGCAUUCCGAAGAGAGCGUAACAGUCUAUAGUCUGAGUGGAGAACCAAUUUUCUUUGAAAUUGAGAAAAGGGUUAUCCCUACAGUGUACACCCUCUGGAAGUACCCGGAGAUGCUUCCAAGAUUUUCUACAUGGCCUCCUGUGUUUGAUAAAUUAAGGGGCGGAGCAGAUCUCAUGCUGCCUGGAGUCAUUCUUCCUCCUGGAGGAAUCAGCAGCAUUGAAAGAUUUGAAAAAGAUACGCUUUGGUGCAUAACACUAAGAGGAAACAGGGCACCUGUUGCUGUUGGUGUCACGACAGUGUCCAGGAAGGAUAUGUUUGAAGAUGGCAUGAGAGGAAAAGGAGUAAAAGUAAUGCAUGUUUACACAGAUUGCUUAUGGGCUUUAGGGAGUAAAGAGCAAAUACCACAAGUGAAUGAGCCUGAACCAGAUAAUCUUGAUGAUGAUGAUGACGAUGACAGUUACAAUAGAUUUGCAGAGGUGGACAGUCCAGCUGAUGAACAAUCUCCUGCUGAGGAAAAGACCCCAAUAUCAGAAGCAACAGAUCAGAUAAAUAAUUUGGACUUAUCAGAAGACCAGAAGGAAGAUGCUACGCUUUCAUCUGAAGUCCCUGCAGACAGUGUUCUUGAAGAGAAAAAGGCCUACAGAGUGGACCAAGAGCAGAAACCUAACUCUAGUGCAGAAGGCAAUGAGCAGGAAGAUGACAUGGCCAGAUCACCCCAAGAGAUAAUGGACAGUCGUCUUGAGUACUGUUUCUUCUGUGCACUUUUGCGAAUUAGACCUGACCGUGACCUGCCACUCCUGACAAGUACCUUUUUCAGGAACCACAUGCUCCCCUUCUGCCCCGAAGGUGAAACAGUGGAUCUUAAAAAGUCAUCAUUUAAAAAGUUUCAGCUUUCAAAGCUCCUAAAUGUGAUGCAGGAUCGCGGGCUCAUCAAAGUGCAAGAGGUGUCAAAGGGCGUGGAUCACGUUGUGGACGUAUUUCUAGAUAAUGAUUCAGUUCGAGAGUUCAAGUCUUCAAUAACGGCCAUGCCUCCAAAGCCAGAAAGCAACAAACCAGCAGAUACUGAAACCCAAACGGGUCCAACCAUAGAGGAGAUGUUUGCCGUCUCUGCUGCACUCGUUCCAAUUUUCUCAGGAUUCGGUUAUUCCAAAGGGUCCGUUCUGAGUAUGAAACAAAUACGACAAGUCAUGACUGACUACGUCAGGAAAAACGAGUUGGUAGCUGAACAAGACAAGAGGGUAGUAAUGUUGGAUCCAGUUCUUACUUUAGCACUUAUCAAUAAAAACGAAGAGAUGGAACAGUUGAGUUGGGAUGCUCUCUUUAGCAGGGUUGCUAAUAAAAUGAACAGCUGUUACAAAGUUACGCUUCCUGGUCAAGACCCUAUUAUCAAAAAAGGGAAGAUUGAUCCUCUCGAGAUCAAAAUUGAACAGCGUAUGGGGAACAAAAAGGUGACACUCGUACGGAAUCUGGACGCGUACGGGAUUGAUCCUCAGGAGUUUGCGCACAACAUCCAGUUAAAGGCAGCGUGCAGUACCGCAGUCAGUCAACUUCCCGGGAAGCACCGCGCUCCCGGUAUGCAAGUGAUGGUUCAGGGUAAUCAGGUCCAUCUGGUUGCCAUGGCAAUAUUAGAGGACUACAAUGUUCCGCGAAAGUUCGUGACUGGCCUGGAGCUAUUAAAAAGUGGAAAGAAAAAGAAAUGAAUAAAUAAUAAUAAUAGUAAUACAAA